GCGGCGGACGCGGGGCGCGAUGGCCGAGGGCAGCCGCGAAGUGGUCGCCCUGUCCCAGUCGGGGGCUAUCAACAGUCUGAGCAAUGGGGGCGGCGGGACCUCGGCGCAGACCAACAACCCGCUGUCCCGGAAGCUGCACAAGAUCCUGGAGACGCGGCUGGACAACGACAAGGAGAUGCUGGAAGCUCUCAAGGCACUUUCAGCCUUUUUUGUUGAAAAUAGUUUGCGGACUCGGAGAAAUUUACGUGGAGAUAUUGAACGCAGAAGUUUAGCCAUCAAUCAAGAAUUUGUAAGCAUUUUUAAGGAAGUCAAAGAGGCUGCAAAGGAACAGACUCAGGAUUUAAUAGUAAAAACCACGAAGCUUCAAACUGAAAGUCAGAGAUUAGAGAUCAGAGCACAAGUUGCAGAUGCCUUCUUAUCCAAGUUCCAGCUGACUGCUGAUGAAAUGAGUCUUCUCCGAGGCACAAGAGAAGGGCCGAUUACUGAGGAUUUUUUCAAAGCAUUGGGAAGAGUGAAACAGAUCCAUAAUGACGUCAAAGUUCUGUUGCGGACAAACCAGCAGACAGCCGGUUUAGAAAUUAUGGAGCAGAUGGCCUUGCUUCAAGAAACAGCUUAUGAAAGACUUUACCGAUGGGCUCAAAGUGAAUGCAGAGCAUUGACACAAGAGUCAUGUGACAUAUCCCCAGUACUGACUGAGGCCAUGGAAGCCCUGCAGGACCGACCUGUCUUAUACAAGUAUACGUUGGAUGAAUUUGGAACAGCCCGAAGAAGUACAGUUGUUCGUGGUUUUAUUGAUGCUCUGACAAGAGGGGGCCCGGGAGGAACACCCAGGCCCAUUGAAAUGCACUCCCAUGACCCUUUGAGGUAUGUUGGAGAUAUGCUAGCGUGGCUCCACCAAGCUACUGCUUCUGAAAAGGAACAUCUUGAAGCUCUUUUAAAGCUUGUGACUGCACAAGGUGUUGAAGAAAAUAUUCAAGAAGUUGUUGGGCAUAUCACUGAGGGCGUGUGCAGGCCUCUGAAGGUUCGAAUUGAGCAAGUGAUAGUGGCUGAACCCGGAGCAGUUUUAUUGUAUAAAAUUUCUAAUCUCCUCAAAUUUUACCACCAUACAAUUAGUGGCAUUGUUGGGAACAGCGCAAGCACCUUGCUGACUACUGUUGAAGAAAUGCAUUUGCUAAGCAAAAAAAUAUUCUUCAAUAGCUUGAGUCUUCAUGCAAGCAAAUUAAUGGACAAGGUUGAACUCCCUCCACCUGAUCUUGGACCAAGUUCCGCACUGAAUCAGACACUCACGCUGCUGCGUGAAGUUUUGGCGUCUCAUGAUUCUUCCGUGGUGCCGUUAGAUGCUCGCCAAGCUGAUUUUGUGCAGGUUUUAUCGUGUGUGUUGGAUCCUCUCCUCCAGAUGUGCACUGUAUCAGCCAGCAACCUGAGCACAAUGGACAUGGCUACUUUCAUGGUCAAUUCACUGUAUAUGAUGAAGACAACAUUAGCUUUGUUUGAGUUCACUGACAGGCGUCUUGAAAUGCUACAGUUCCAGAUUGAAGCCCAUUUGGACACACUUAUAAAUGAUCAAGCCUCUUAUGUUUUAACUAGAGCAGGUUUGAGUUACAUCUAUAACAUUGUACAGCAACAUAAACCUGAACAGGGUCCUCUAGCUAAGGUGCCAAACCUAGACUCUGUGGCCCUGAAGACUGCGAUGGUUCAGUUUGAUCGCUACCUGGCAGCCCCAGACAAUCUGUUAAUGCCACAACUGAAUUUUCUGCUGAGCGCCACAGUAAAAGAGCAGAUCCUAAAACAAUCGACCGACCUGGUCUGCAGAGCCUACAGUGAAGUGCACGCAGCUGUGAUGGACCCAGCCAACGAGUACAAGGACCCGGAGAACAUUCUGCAUCGUUCGCCACAACAAGUGCAGGCACUCCUCCUGAUGAUCUGAUGUGAUGGCGUUAGCCAAAAAGUUGUUAUCCCUGAAGCACUGAGAGUGCCUUGUUCGUAGUCUCUUUACUUUGAAAUCUGAUGGUUAAGGUUUUCUUUGUGUAUUGAUAAGCUCCUAUAAUUUCUUUGCCCUGGUCAUGAUCACCUGUAAAUAAUGUAAUAUAUGUUAAUACCUAGGGCCAGAAAUGCUCUGUGCUCUGCUGUCCACCUCCCCACUACUCUGGGGAGUAAAUGUUGGGAAAAGGAGAGGUUAAAGGCUUUUUUUUUUUUUUUUGACAAAACUAAAAUCAUAGCGCCCAAGAAACUCAUCUAAUAAAAAGCAGUGUUUCUCAGGAUAUGACCCAAUAAACGUCUUUUAACUUAGA